GCCUGUGCCAGAGAGAGGAAGAAAAAAAUCCCAAGAAGAAAAAACGCAGUGGAGAAGCAGCCAGUAGAAGAAAACCAUCUGGAGGAACUUGAAUACAGCACCAGCAACAGCAAGGGAAACACCAAGAAGGUUUGAGUAAGGGGGAAAAUCCCAGUGCUGAUAGGGGGGCUACAUCACCCUCAUGUCUGGGGGCGAAGGGGGUUUUGAGCCCCCUCCCCAUCCCAUCAACUCAAGAAGGGAAGUGAUUUACCCUUGCUUUGGUCUCAGGAUCUUUGUUCGGGAUUUAAAGUCAGGAAGAGAGGACCCUGAGGGUGCAAUGGCUUUCUUCCUCAAACCACGGCCAUGCACAUGGGACCUUGCCCUGGACUACCACACUGCUAAACAGUUUGAAGUGGAUGUAACCCUGGAUCCAGCCACAGUGGGCCCAGAGGUGAUCCUCUCUGAGGACCUGAAGGAAGCCACCUGGGGCAGACCUCGAUGCCAGUGGCCUGAGGGUCCAGGCCGGUUCGACACAGACCCGUGCAUGCUGGGCAGCAAGGGCUUCACCUCGGGCCGGCACUACUGGGAGGUGGAGGCCAAUGGGCGCUUCUGGGCUGUGGGGGUGGCCCGUGAGUCAGUGCAGAGGAAAGGCCGGGUCCUCUUCAAGCCCAACACUGAAAUCUGGGGCUUGCAGAAGUAUGAUGAGCUCUGCGUUGCCCUCACAGCUCCCUCCCACACCUCUGUCCCACUCCUCAAUGGGGAGAUUGGGGUCUACCUGGACUACGAGGUGGGACAGGUCUCCUUCUACGCUGUCAGCAGCCGCCAACGCAUCUUCACUUUGCCUGCCUCCUUCAGUGGGGAGAGGGUCUUCCCCUACUUUUGCGUGCUCCUCUCAACCAUUAAACUGUCCCCCAAGGGCUGAUGCCCUGAAAGGAUCCUCCCAAAAGCUGAUUGCAUCACUGUGGUUGGAAAUGCUGGUUGAUGCUCCUCAACUCUAAUUUUCCAAGUCUUGGAGUAAUUUCUAACUCAGUUCAUGGUCCUUCCUUCAUCUUAGAUGUCUCUGUUUUGGGUUGUGCCAUGGGGAUUUUGGGUCUGAGCUCAGCACGGCUCAUCUCAAGUUGUUAAAUUCAUGCAAAGCUUGUUAACAGGAGCUGGACUUCCCUGAGCAUGUUUUGAGCUAAAAUCUUCAUUUUUUUCCUCCCAAAUACAGCUUCCUCUGGAAUGUUCCUUUUGCUGACCUCAGUGCCUAUGAUUGGCUGGGUUUCCAGCACAAAUUAAAAAUCUUGAUUUUUGCAGACUUUGUAUUAAUACCAGCAGCUAUUCCUCAUAUUAAAACUUUUCAUUUAAUAUUGUUUUAUAUCGUUUAAAUCCCCUGGUUAUCACAAGGAUGUGCUCACAUCCACUGACCCCACUCUUUUCCUCUGCUGUUCCCUAUGCUUGAGAUGUAUUUCCAUGUACUUCCUCUGCUGUUCCCUAUGCUUGAGAUGUAUUUCCAAGUACUUAGCAUGCAAAUAUGCUCUGGAUAGAAUAAAUUUCU